AUGAUGACAAAUCAAAAAUUAAAAAUACUUCCAUAUCAAUGUGAAAUAUGUCAAGCACCUGCUCAUUAUUCAUAUUUUGGUGUUAUUUCAUGUUUUUCAUGUAAAAUGUUUUUUAAACGUAAUGCGAAUCGAAAAAAGAGAAUAUUAGUAUGUGACUCUAAUGGUCAAUGUGAAAUAAAUAUAAAUAAUCGUUCUGCAUGUUCAGCAUGUCGACUAAUGAAAUGUUUUAAAUGUGGAAUGACUACAGAUAAAUUUCGACCACCAAGACAAAAAUCAAACAUUUCAACUAUGGUACCAAUGAAAUAUCGAUCAGAUCGAUUACCAACAUUGAAUCUUUUACAAUCAGAUACAUCAUUAUUAACAACUAAUCAAUGGACUCUUCUUUCAAAUUUAUAUCAUACUUAUGAAGAAACUCAAAUUUUAUCAAUUGGUCAAUACAUGCACAAGACUUUACAAUUGAAUAAUGUUGUUUAUCAAACAAUUAUAGACAAAUACUUAGCAUGUAUAUAUGAAACAACAGGAACAUAUCUUCAAUUAAAUGGUGAUCUUCGUAAAAUAUCAUCUAAUGAUCGUUCUAUAAUACUUCGAAGUGCUGCUGAUAAUGUAGCAUGCAUGACUGGAGUAUUUUCUAUGCACCAAUGUUAUUUAUAUAGUCUUAAUACGUUUGUAAAAGCUAUAGAAGCAAAAUAUGGAAAACGUACCACUGAUAUUCAUCAAUGGGCAAUGAAAUUUAUUGAUCCGGAUAUAUUAUUAGUCAAAUUAGGAAUGUCAUUAUUUGCUUUUUCAGAAAAUGCUUGUGUAUAUUCUUCAAAAAUAUGGUUAGAUUUAAUCGAUCCUAUUAUUAUGUUUGAAAUACAAAAUAAAUAUGCUGAAGUAACAUGGAAAUAUCUGAUUUAUAGAUAUGGUUUUUAUGAAGCUACUAGAAAAUUUCUUAAUUUAACUCUAUGGCUUCGAGCUAUUUGUAUGUUAACAUGCCAUGCUCAAAAUUUAACAAUACAUACGAAUGAUGUUGAUUCAGUUGUUGAACAAACUGAACUUUUACUUAUAUUAGAUGAUGUUAAUGAAAUAAUUAAAUCAUAA